AUGGCUGGCGCAGUGCUGACUCCCACCGGCCCGGUACAAAAGGCGGGCACAUUCCUGCCGCCCGACACGCCGCUGGAACUCCGUGAACGGUUGCCGUAUGUCAGUCGUGGCGGCGUCAAGCUGGCCCACGCGCUGGACACCUGGGUGGAGCCGUACCGUAUCCCUUUAGACGGCAUCACUGCGCUGGACGUGGGAGCAUCAACAGGCGGGUUCACCGACUGUCUGGGGCUUGGGGGGGCGCGACGCGUUUACGCGGUGGAUGUGGGACACGGCCAGCUGCACUACCGCUUGCGCUCCGACCCUCGGGUGGUGUGCAUGGAAAAGGUGAACACCCGCUACCCCUUUGAGCUGCCGGAGCAGGUGGAUUUUCUGGUGGCCGACGUAUCGUUUAUCUCGCUCACAAUGGCACUGCCGGAACCGUUGACCCACCUGCGCGCCGGCGGAUACGCGGUUACCCUCAUUAAGCCGCAGUUUGAGGCACGGCGCGGCGAGGUUGGCAAGGGCGGUAUCAUUCGCGACGACACACUGCGCGCUGACAUCCUGAAACGGGUUACCGACUGGAUGCACGACCGCCCGGACAUCCGGCUGCUGGAUACCAUAGACUCACCAAUCACCGGAGACGCUGGCAACCGGGAGUUCCUGGCGUUAUUGCAAAAGGUAGCUGACACCACUAACUGA